GUUGCCUAAACCUCUGCCACCCACCUGUGAACCUCACUUUGCCACAGGGAGGCACUGAACUGAAAAACUGCCUUGUAACAGGUGUCGCCCCUCUGUCUACUCCCUUUCUUAUAUCAAGAGGGGAAAAACACGUAACUACCUCUACCCGAUCUGGUCACCAUACGCCUAUUACCUUUACUGUUACAAGUACCGGAUCACCCUCCGGGAGAAGAUGCUGCCUCGUUGUUAUAAAAGCAUCACUUAUAAGGAAGAGGAGGACUUGACACUCCAGCCCCGUUCCUGCCUCCAGUGCUCCUGAGUCCCUAGUAGGCCUCCAGGUGGGCAAAAGCACCGAGCAGGGUAACCACGACCAGCUUAAAGAACUGUAUUCGGCUGGGAACUUGACGGUGCUAGCUACUGAUCCCCUGCUCCACCAGGACCCAGUACAGUUAGACUUUCACUUCCGCCUCACCCCCCAAACCUCCGCCCAUUGGCACGGCCUUCUCUGUGACCGUCGACUCUUCCUGGAUAUCCCAUAUCGGGCCUUGGAUCAAGGCAACCGGGAAAGUUUGACUGCAACGCUGGAGUACGUGGAAGAGAAGACAAAUGUGGACUCCGUGUUUGUGAACUUCCAGAAUGAUCGGAACGACAGAGGUGCCCUGCUGCGGGCCUUCAGCUACAUGGGCUUUGAGGUGGUCAGACCAGGUCACCCUGCCCUCCCUCCCUGGGACAAUGUCAUCUUUAUGGUGUAUCCCCUUGAAAGGGAUGUUGGCCACCUGCCCAGUGAGCCUCCUUGAACGUGCUUAUUCCAACGCUUUGAGGGGCUGGAAGCCUUGACACCUGGGAAUCAGGGGCCCGAGAUGUAAUUCAGAACACCUUCCAUCCUAGGAAUAAAGGGUAGUUGCAAUCA